AUGUUGUCGCUAGUCCACUUGAUGGCCUGGCUGCUGUUGGCCCUGACGCCUUGUAUCGCCGCAGCUGAAACUCACUCUACCACCGAAUCGUCCACUAAAACGACAAAGACGGUGGAACCGAAAACUACCUCCGCCUCCGACACGAAGUCCUCGCCCACCGCGGCUGCAACGCACACGGUCAAGGUCGGCGCUAAAGAGGAUCCGCAUCAGUAUGUCCCGCAUAAUAUCACCGCAGAGGUCGGCGACGUGAUCGUCUUCGAGUUCUAUCCGCGCAAUCACUCUGUCGUCAAGGCCGAUUACCUGGCGCCAUGUGUACCAGCUUCAGGGACGAUCUUCAACUCGGGGCGCUUUAACAGUUUCAAUGAGCAAAAUGGCCAGCUCGUGGGUCCGCCGCCGACCUGGUCCUUGGUUGUGAAUGACACGGAGCCCGUCUUCUUCUAUUGCACCGCUCUCGACUCGUGUAUCGGCAAUGGCAUGGUCGGCGUUAUCAACCCUAACGCCAGUAUGACCUGGGAAGCGCAAUACAAAAAGGCCAAAGAAUAUCCAUACAUGCUCGAACCGGGCCAAUCCCCCCCCGCGGAAGGUGACACCCCCGGUUCGCCAUCUUCGACCUCGACCUCGUCUCCCAACUCGACCGGAUCCUCCGGCGGUGGUGGCGGCAGCUCCUCUCAAUUAAGCGGAGGCGCCAUCGCCGGGAUCGUCGUGGGCGUCGUAGCCUUUGUCGCUCUGCUCGGGGCACUGUUCUUCGUCCUUGGUCGCAACCGCAUAUAUAAGAAAUGGAUGUCCUCGGAGGACGGUCGCACCGAGCGAACCGCUCACUGGGCCCUAUUCAAUAGCCACGGUGGCGAGCGCAAGAGCGAAUUGGCCAGUAGCACGGCCGCACCUCAUGGCGAUCAAGCUACGUUUGUGUCCAGUCCGGAUCCGACGGUGCGUGCGUUCUCGCCGCCGCCGCACCCGGCAAGUGGACAUUGGAGCUGGGAUGCCUCUUCGUUCCAGCAACAGCAGCCUCAGAUGACCCAGAUGGGUCCUAUGGGACGGGGGUCGUAUGCCCAGUUUGCUCCGACGGAGUUGGAGGCGAAUGAGCUCCUGACGCAGAUCCCGGAGAAUCCGCCGCAUCAUGAUGGGAGGUGA